AUGUUUGUUAAAUGACCUAAACUUUAUACCUCAUCAGUUGCUGUAUGUGAAGCGUAAAACCCAUAUCUUAAUUGCCUCAAAUAAAAAAAAAAUUAUUAUGAGAUUGGUGGAUUAAAAUUAAUUUGGAGAGGCCUGGCCCGACCUGGCAAUAAAUUUUUAACUGUAGUCUAGACAUGUUUGUUGCACUAGUGACUAGUCAGUUGCUAGUAAGCAUAAGUGAGUUACACAGUAUAGUUACAGUCACAAUGAUGAGUGUGCCCGUAGUACAGUAAAUAAGUUACUUACAGCUUGUGGUAGGGUAAGGCCAGUAAUAAGGCAAGGGGUGGUUUUAGUUUUAGUAGUGUUGGAAGGGAGGAAAGGGGGGGGGGGAACUGUUGAAUUGAAAUUAAAAAAAUAAACUUGUGUGAAGCGUAGGCAAGAUAUUUUACACUGUAGAAGUGUAAAUUACAGUUUGAGUAUGGUGUGAAGUCUAUUUUAAGGAUGAAUACAAAAAAAUAAUAAUAAUUCAAGGCCCUACACUAUACUACUGCCUACAGUAUAGACUAUUACUUUAGACUUUAGUCUAUUAAUCUAUAGACAUAGUAAAUUAUAGCCUCUACUUAUACUAUACUUUAAUCAUACAUAGUUAAUAGUAUAAGUAUAAAGAGAAGGACUAACGUCUCUUAUGGCUGUGUAAUUUUCUUACAAUCACAUUUCAUCAGAUCCUCUGAAUUUGCACAUCACACAUUCUGCUGGGAUUGUGAGCUGCCCAGAUUCUGAAACCUUUUAAUUAAUAUAUUUAUUUAGACUUUAGACCAAGACUCUAUGCGAUGAGAAGCCUAGACGCUCUCAAAGUCACACUGUCACUUGCAAGUGUUGAUGGUAAAUGAAAUCACUUUUGGGUUAAAAUUAUAGUGGAGAUUUAAGAUUACAUUGACUAGUAGUUAGUGCAAUAAAAUUAGUCAAGUAUUUUUAUUAGCUAGUAGAAGUCUAAGUUGUCUGAUUAUUGUGCUCUCAUAUGUGUUCUUGUCUUCAAUCCAUUUACUCAUGGUAGAAAAAUAUUAAACUGACAAAGUAACUGUUCACUCGCUGUGAUUUACUAGAGUUUUAAAUAUGGUACAGACGUUUGGAGGAUUACCCUCUUGUCUAACAUGUGUUAUUUAUUAUUUAAAGAUUUUAUUUGAUGAAUGUCCACCUUUGAUGCAUAGAUGUCAUCCAUUUAAAAAAUGUAAAAAAUCUACUAAAAAAAUUCCUUGAAUCUUGAAUUAAUCCAAAGCUCACCUCCUCUCCCUUGAGAGUUGAGACUUUAUCACAGUAUGAACCAAUUUUUUCAAUCACUUAAACAUUAUGAGUAUGAAUUUAGAAGGAAAUACAUUGUUUAAUGAGAUUUUUUUCCCCUGCACUAGUUAAGAACUGGACAGUUUAUUCAUUAUAUUCAAUGCUUCUCAAUUAAUUGGGUCAUUAAAUUAGUGAUUAAUUACCCCAAGAAAUUCACUAUUUCCUUUCUUUGUUUUGCAUCACAUGUUGAAAACAUUUUUUUUUUUUUAGUUUUAAUUUCAUUGUCACUCUAUUUUUUCAGAUAGAAAUCCUGGAGGUGAUAAAUGGUUCUAGGGAACUAACAGUUUGAGUAUUCUCAUGUAUUGCCAGCCCUUGUCAUUUAUCACUUGUGCAAUGCCACGUGUAACACACUUGUUAUCCCAUUUGUAAGCCGCACACAGAUCUUCUAUUUAAAAUGUCCAAAAGAAAGAGGGUAGUGCUUACUUUGCACGAUAAAGUCAACAUCAUUCAAAGUUUGAGGAAUGGAGAUUCAGGCAUCAUGUUGGCAGAAAAAUAUGGGGUGGGAAAAUCAACAAUAUCAGACAUUAAAAAAAACUCUGAACUCAUCAUGAAGUUUACCUGUGCUCUUGACAGAGAAGAUGGAAGUUUGAAGCGGAAGACAAUGAAGAAACCACAAAAUGACCUCUUGGAAGAUGCCGUUUUCACUUGGUUUUUGCAAAAACGCUCAUCUGGGAAACCAAUAUCUGGCCCUUCUUUGUGUGAAAAGGCUUUGGAGUUCAAUCAAAAGCUAGAUGGCGAUCCCUCCUUCAAGGCAAGUUCUGGGUGGUUAGGAAACUUCAAAUCACGGCAUGGAAUUCGGGAAAUGGAGAUGCAGGGAGAAAAAGUUUCUGCUAAUCCUGCCGCAGUGGAUACUUUCACAGACAAUGUCAAAGAGAUGCUCCAGGAUUAUGAUCUAGACUUUGUCUAUAAUGCUGAUGAAACAGGUCUAAAUUGGAAGGCACUUCCAAGCAAAUCCUUAGCAUCACAAAGUGAAAGCUCAUCUCCUGGUCAUAAAGUCAGCAACGAUCUGGUAACAGUCAUUGUUUGUGCUAAUGCCAGUGGAUCACAUAAAUUGCCGCUAUUCCUUAUUGGGAAGUCAAAAAUGCCCAGAAACUUAAAGAUUCCCUUAACAUACACACACCAGAAGAAGGCGUGGACAAACACCGAAAUCUUUCUGGAUUGGUACGACAACACAUUCAUUCCAGAAGUCAAGAAGUUCCAAAACGGCAAAGAGAAAGAAGGAAGGGUUUUACUUUUGCUUGAUAAUGCACCCUCUCAUCCCUCUGUGGAAUUGCUAGAGCGGGAAAAUGGGAUGUUUACUGUCAAGUUGUUACCUCACAGUGUGGCAUCAGUUUUACAGCCUAUGGAUCAGGGCAUCAUUGAAACUUUUAAGCGUUUGUACAGAAAGCAUCUGUUAUGUCAACUUCUUCUUUUACAGGACGAUAGUGAGACUGAAAUGGUGUGGACAUUUUAUGAGAAAAUAAACUUAAAAGAUUGCUGCUACAUGCUGGUGGACGCGUGGAGUUCACUUGAGCGAAGAACAUUAACAGGGGCCUGGAAUAAAAUUCUCAAAUUACCUCACAAAGACUUAGCAAAUGAAAAUAUCGAUGUAGAAAUUAAAGAAAUCAUAGAUUUACUGGAGAGCACCAACAUCUGCAAAGGAUGUGAUACCGAGGACGUAAAAGAGUGGCUAAACUGUGAUAUCAGUGAUCCGGGGUUUCAUAUUUUGACGGAUGAAGAGAUCAUCGAGGAUAUAAAAUAUUCAGACGAUGAAGACACUGAAGCAGAACGAGAAGAAAUAGAUAAGUGUUCUGUGCCAUCUCAUGCAGAAGCUUGUCAAGCUCUCGAAAUGGCGUUCAGCUGGUUAGAGAGACAAGAAGAAACUGAUCCUGUGCAUCUGCUACAACUGAAACGAAUCCGUGAUUUAGCAGCUACAAAACGUAAGGAAAAUUUUUAUGUCAGUUGCCAAUUAAGACGAUUUUUCAACCAAACUAAGUCCUAAUCUAGAGCCAGUAAGUUUCCAUUGUUUUAAUAUUAUUUGAACAUUAAUGUCAACAAAUUCAAUUUACUCUAGCAUACAUUUUUGUACCGGUACUCCUGUAAUGUUUGAUCACACCCUCUUCAUCGCAGAUACCUAAGAUCAGGGCGAAAGCUUUCCCUUAAAGCUAGGUCCGUAAGAUUUAAAAAUUCAUUUGUUUCUCAGGCAGUAUGGAUUUACUAGAAUGCUACCUAAAUGGUUACCAAAUUUACAUGAUCUCUACUUAAGUCAUAAUUGUCACUAAGGGAGUUAAUUUUUUUAAUACAUAUAACAGCUGACGUUUGUCAUUUAUGCCAAAGAAAAUGUCUUGUGUUUAAAUUGUUCUAACUUUAUAAUGUUGUCUUGGUUAACAUAUUUAUUAUUUAUAUGCUGAAAUCAGAUGUGUACCAUGUAAUAAAAAAACAUUUCCAAUUAUUUGGAUCAGUAAAAGAAUCUUAUCUUAUAUAACGGUAAUCUUGUAAACAAAUUGUUUUUUAAACUUAACUUUGACAUUUGGGCAUUUGUUAAAGUAAUUUUUCUCAAAUUCUGUCCUGUGUACCGCUACAGUAUGAACUAGCAAUUCCUGAGGUUUUAUUGAUAAGUAUUAUUAUAAGACUUCCGUAAUAAUAAUGUUUGUAAUCAUUCAACCAUUUGUAGAACAAAAACUAAAUCAUUGCUGAUUUUAAAAGAUUUGACCAAUUGUGUCAAGUCCUUGUUUUAAAAAUUAAUUGUUCUGCAAGUGAAGAGCAGAGAUAUUUUAUUUUAACUUCACCGGCUGCAGUUGUAAACAGUUUCCUUCAAAUUGUAUGGACUUCAACACAAGCGUUAAAUAAAUUUGUAUAAACUUCCUAAGGGCAAAUUUUUUUUUUUUUUUAAGGAGUAGUUGGGGGCUGAGGGUGGUGGUGGUGAUUUUGUUAAUGACAUACAAAUGGUUAUUUUCUUAUAUCUCAUGAAGUGCAAAACAGGAGUACACAACUUACUGAAUAACACAGACAGUGCAUUUAACAAUUUUACCUUCCCACUUUUCAUUUAAAACUAAAUCAAUGCAACAAAUUGAAACAGAUUUUUUUGUAGAUGUUGCUGAUUUCCCGUUACGGUAUUCAGUUAAAGCUCUGACUGUAGGUCAAAAUUUAAGACUUUUGCAAGAACCAAUCAACACAGGACUCUGCUUUUCAAAGUGACUCCAUUGUGAAUACUGCCAUAUUUAAUUUUGAUUUAAUAUUUUAAUUGUUUCCCCUUUUUUUGCACCAGAAAAGCGCAUGAAGGCUUUGAUAAAUAAUCAUAAUUUUAUUUCAAACCUUUUGUAAACUGUCUUGUGUUGUGUUACUGUUUAAACUUGGCAGCUUUGAUUUCUGCCAAACGCAAGUUCCCUCUUAACAAAAGCUACACUUUAAGCUCGUAAAAUUAUCAAGUUUUGAUGCCCUUAAAUGCAUUUGGACGAGAUUUUGUAAUUCUCUCAGAAACUCUUGAGGCAAAAUUAUACAAGGAGUUGUGCCAUUAAUUGUAAAUUAUGAUAUGAAACUUGUAUUUAAAGUGACCUUUAAAAAUGUGAGUAUAUUUAAGUAAGUUUUCUUCUAUUCUCAACUUUGGUCCACACUUCUGGGUCCACACUUCUGGGUCUUUUGGUCCACACUGCUGGGUCCUUUGUUCAGAUACAGACAACAUUAUUUCAUAAAAAAAAUUAAAAUCUACGGUUAUUUGAGUUUUAAUUUCUAAAAAUUAUUCAAAUGUUAAAAUGUAUUUUACAUUGGUGAUCUGAAAUGCAUUU